GUGUUUUCACUCUCUGUCGCUUCACUGUUCCGUGAGGAAGAUUCGAGUAAACGUUCGCAAUUUAUCUCAAUGCAAUUAGUAAAAACACACAGGUUAUAUUCAGAGUUUCAUAUAGCCUUUCUAGACGAUACACUUUUCAGAUUCUUACAUCCACCAUGUCAAAGGCAACCAAACGCAAGCACGUAGUCAAAGAAGUUCUGGGGGAUUAUGUCACACCCACAGAAGACCAACAAAUUAUGAGGGUCUUGGGUAGCAAUGGCAACAAUCUCCACGAAGCCGUGACUGAAAGUGGCGAGCAGUUUUUGCUCAGCAUGCCCACAAAGUUUCGCAAGAACAUCUGGAUCAAACGAGGAGACUUUGUCAUCGUUGAUCCCAUAAAAGAAGGAGGAAAAGUCAAGGGAGAAAUUACUUUCAUACUUUACAGGGACCACAUUCAGUAUCUGAGGAAACUCGGGAUCUGGCCAAAAGGAUUCCAGGAAUCUCACGCAUCUGCUGAGAGGAACGAGGGAACGCAGACAGAUAGGAGUGAAGAAAAAAAUGAGCAGGAAGAGGCGGAGUGUGACAGCGACUCUGAGAAUGACGACAGCGAUCUGUUUGUGAACACUAAUCGUGCUACUGUCCACUACAGCGAGAGUGAGGAAGAGACAGAUGAGGAUGAUGAUGAUGAAGAGGAUGAUAUAGAGGAUGCUUGUAAUGGGAAAGCAGAAGACAUUUUGUAGACGGACAGAAAAAAACCUAAUACAGGAGUGACCAAGAGCAGCUUUCUGUAAAAAACCUUGAGCUUAAAUACCUGGACAAACCACAUUGAUGCCUGAGACUGAAUUUCAAGGCUGUAAUUACUGUUAAUGACUACUCUCUGAUGACAUUCAGAAGGUAGCUAAGUGUUCUCAAACGUAAUUAUCAGAUUAUUUUUACUUUAAUAACUAUCCUCAAACUCAUUUUCCUCCUGGUGAAGGAAACUGAUUGUGUAUAAUGAUUUCUGUAAAUAUUGCAUUAUAAUAAACUUUGUUUUGUAUGCUUUGA